AAAGAAAGAAAAAAGAAAAAGGAAAGAAAUCAAUCCCAAAAUAAAAGGGGGGAAAUCAGAGACCCAAGAAGGCACGAAGCAAGGCAGGCUCGCACGCGCGCACGCCUCUCGAGGCCCUCCUUCCUUCCUUCCGCCGCAUUGCUCGUCGGCGCCGCCCUCUCUCGCCAGCGGCGGCGGAGGAGGCUGCUCCCUUCCGGCCGGAUUGAUUGGGUUUCUGGAGGUGAGGGGCAAGCAAGCAAGCAUGUGCGAUCUGGUGGCGCGCACGGGCCGGCACCAGCAGCGCUACGAGCAUGGCCGUCGCCUCGUGGCCGGAUGCAUACCUUUUAGGUAUAAAGAUAAUAAUGAUGUAACUUCUGAAGCUGGACACAAGAAACUUGUUGAAGUUCUCAUGAUCAACUCCCAGAGUGGACCUGGUCUCCUAUUUCCAAAGGGAGGAUGGGAGAAUGAUGAAACUGUUGAAGAGGCAGCUGCUCGUGAAGCUAUUGAAGAAGCUGGAGUUCGAGGAGAUUUAGUGCAACUACUGGGCUUCUAUGACUUCAAGAGCAAGACACAUCAAGACAAGUUCUGCCCCGAAGGGAUGUGCAGAGCGGCGGUGUUUGCACUCCAAGUGAAGGAAGAGCUCGCCUCCUGGCCCGAGCAGAGCACCCGCAAGAGGAGCUGGCUCACCCUCAGCGAGGCGAUAGAACGGAGCCGAUACCCGUGGGUGCGAGAAGCCCUUGCAACAGGUUUCUCCAUCUGGCAUGAGAAUUGGAGCAAUGGUGGUGAUCCAAGUUCAAGAUGAUCUCAGCUCUAUCAUCAGGGAGGGUCAUGCUGUCUAGUGCCUUUGGUUUCAGAACAUGACAUUCUUGGCACAAUUUUGUCACAGGUGUGCUUCCUGAUGAUGCACAGUGAUUUCGAUCACUCUAUAUUACCACCUAGGAUUCAACCUAUCUUAGUUCUGGUGUCGAGAAUCGUUCAAAUUGUAAGUGUUGAUUCUCGCUGCUGCCAUUGUUAGCCAUCCUGUUCUUUUUUUAAACACCAUGCAGCAUUAGCUGGUGUGUUGAACCUUUAUGUGUGCAAAUAACUGAAAUCAAAGAAGGCUUUGUGGCUUCCCUCUGCAAAUGCUCCUUGUGAGUUGGUU